AUGCCGCCCUGCAGCGACGGCCUGUGCCUGUGCCCCGGCCUGCUCUCUCUGCCGCCGCCUCGUUUCCCGGCGCUCCUGCCUGGCUCUCCCGAAGCACGGGACCCAGCAGCAGAGCGCGCCGCCGAAGAUGAUGCCCACGGCAACCCCCAUCAAGAAGCCGCGGACGACUUUCUCGCCGCUGGAUCCGCUCGUGACGAGCUGCAGGAUCCGGUCGCCGACGUUGAAGCCGCCGAACCCGUUGGGCGUGUUUGCCCACGCCGUCAGCGUCGGCAGCGUAUACGUGGUCGAGGGCCACGUCGUGAACACGUCCCCUGGCGAGGUUGGCGUCGGCGUCGGCGUCGCGGUGCUGUUGCUGUUGCCGUUGCUGUUGAAGUUGAAGUUGAGGUUUGUGCCCGUCAUGGUCGCUGGUUCCUCGGGCCCUCGUGCGCCAGGCACCAAGCCCGUCCUCUUCUGCCUCUGCCUUUGCUCGCCCGCGUCCCCGUGUUCUCUGGACCCCCGUCCCGCGCAGAGCCGACGCGUGUGCGCCAACAGGCAAACGUCCAGGCGCGAUGCGCGAAGAGAAGACAGAAGACGCUCGAUUAA